CAGCCAAAUUUCUCCGCAGUGGAAUCGGACUGACCCGCUCGAUGAGGCAAGCAUCUUAGGCUCUGAUACAUUACAUAUACCAUCGAUUGUGACCCAUUGCAUCAACCGGAAACCAAAAUGGCCACGUUCAGUCCUAUCCCGGCCUACGUCUUGGGCACCCUCACCCUCGCCCUGGGCUGCCAUGCGCUGGCUCGCCCCGGCCCCGAGUACCCGCGUUUUGGCUUACCCUUCGAGUCCGCUGCUUCCUCCGCGUCCACCCAUGGCAACAAACGCACUCCUCCCCCCGGCGCGGUUUCUCCCCUCAUGUACAUCAAGGGUAUCCGCGAGACAAGCUAUGGUCUGACGCUGCUUGCUUUGCAGUACUACGGUCAGGAAUCCGCCGUCACUAUCUUCGCUGCCGUCUGCGCGCUGGUUGGACUUGCGGAUGGGUUUGUUGUGUGGGCGAAUGGGGGUGAGACACUCAAGACGAAGGCCUUUGGACACUGGAUUACAUGCUUGGGAUUUGGGGGGUGGGCCUGGUGGAGGGCUUGUGCGUAGGAGCGUCAGGAUAGCUGGAGCUUGAAUGGCUGUUACGCAGAUUCCCGGCGGAGGCAUACCUAGUCAUUGGCAUGACCUGAAAUGUUCUCCAUAAGGAUAUGUUGCGCUGUAACGUAGAAAUGAAUCUUCUGGUCACUGAAAAGGACUACAUAUACCGUCCCUCCAAACCCCCUUUGGAUCAGGGCAGUGGCGGCGUAUGGGGUAAAACGCGGCAAAACUAUUGGGUUGGACAGAGUGG